CUCCAACUAGCAGUGAUAAUGUUACAACCUUUCUUAUUUUGGAAAUGCUUUUCACGAGUUUCGCAUGUUCUGGUUUUGAAGUUGACAAGCAAAGAUCAACUUUAAUGGUUGUCACGUCACGAUCAGGGUUUAGAUAGUGAAGGGGUCCCCUCCAAUACAAGGAGGUCUGGAAAUUGAAGUAAAAGUUUACGUUGUUUUUAAAGACAAUGUUAAAAAUUUUGGAAGAAAACUUUCAGUUAAUUUUUCAUUUGGAUCAGAGUAUGAAGAUGAUACAAAAUUUAUUUUAAAAAAGAUGGCUAGAAAGAGCACCGUUGACAAUGAUUUGUUAUCUGUAUGACAUAAGAUGCCUUCUAGAUUAGUAUUCAAUACUUCAUUUAUCACAUUCUUCACCCAUAUCCAUGUAUCAAUACCAUUAACAAGAGGUAGUGUCUCAGCAGCAAGAGUGCUACGCGCAACUCUCUUAAUCAUCUUAGACUGCCAUGUGAUAGGUGCCAUAAAAUUUUCAACACCUUUCAGGAAAAUAAAAAUUCAACUUUGAGAGCUGCCAUCUUGAAGGUUCCCAAAUGAAGCAUCAGAAUAUAAGAUCAGUUGUAAUGGAAGCUUAAGCUUCCAAAAUUUCAAGGAAAUUUUGGGAUCCAAUUUCAACUUCUUUACCACUUUAUCGGCUCUCAUGACAUUAUCAACUACUGCAUAGUUUAGUUUUGUGCUUAGCUGGCACACAUCAAAUGAAAUGUCAGGCCUUGAUUGAGAUGACACCCAGUUUAGUUGCCCACAUAUGCACCGGAAGUUUGAUUGUUCUUCAUGUGAUAGUUGUCACAUUCUUAACCCCAAGCUGAUUUAGCUUUUCCUUCACACGUAGAUAUACCAAGCUCUUGAAGCAUCAGCAAGGCCGUGUACAACUUUAUUUAGUUCCAAAACACACCUGUUGUGUUUGCUUCCUUUGGGGGCUUUAUGAUGACCUCUCUAUCAAUCUGGUUGCCUUGAAAAAAUGUUGUCUUGACAUCUAAGGUGUGACAUUCCCAUUCUUAGGUUGCUAACAUCGUAAGUACAAACCAAAGACUUUCUUUUGAAAAAGUUGGGGAGUCCUUAGUCAGAUUUUUGAGCUCUUCUUCUUCUUCGAAACCUGACCAAACGAGUUUAACUCUUUUUUAUCCCUUCAUAUUCUUUGUUGUGGAUAUUACAGAUUAACCCUUAUCUUCUAUGGUGAAGAAAACUUUGUUGUCCUCCCAAUUGGCUAAUUCUUUAUACUUUGCAUUUAGGACCUCAUCUGAGUCGAUAAUAGUACUUCUUCAGUUUUGUUUGUCUCAAGAACAGGUUGCCAGUCACUCACACAUCUUUUGAAAUCUGGCCAAUUUAUUUCACCUGUGUCUUCAUUUUGGACAUUUAAACAGUUACCGUACUGUCUGCCUUCUUUCCCUUUUUUGUUUACUUUUCCUGCUCUGCUGUGGACUAAUCCCCUUGUCCAUUCACUGUCGGGAGUUAGCUUGUAAAUGAUUUUUGUCUUCAACUUUGGUAUUCCUUAAACUGUUGACGAAUUGCUAACAUUUCGAUUGGUUGUGAUUUCAUUUGUUGAUAUCUUGUGUGUUGUUGUUUCAUUCAUUGAGGCACUGUCUGAUGUUGUUUCUUUUGUUGUUUGUUAUUUUGUUGUUUUCUCAUUUUCUGGGUCUUCUGUAUUAUUACUGUCAAAAUCAUCUGCAUCAACACAUUCACCAAAUUGGUCUUGGUCAAUCUUCUGCAAGCGACACAUGUGUACUCUAACAUAACUAACAUAACAUGGUGUUUUACAAGGACUUGUUUAUUCUCCUGUCCAAUUACAGUGCCUGGUCCAUGCCAUUUUUAACUGUCUUUUCUCUUAUAGAAAACUCUAUCUCCAUUGAUAUAUCGCUCAUCAUUGUAACACUGAACAAUAUGCCUCAAUGCUCUUCGUAUACGCUCAGAAGACUCUGCUGCUAUAAAGGCUCUUUGUGAUGCAUGCAUUACAGCAAGGUUAUGGGCCACGGUUUUACUUGAAACUGUGUCAUUCAUAGCUGGCAAAUGAUCUGUGAGGAUGCAGGGAUAGUUGUGAUUUUUACCAUAAACAAGUUGAUUUGGACACUGUGUAUAGUCAAAAACAUAAAAAAUUUGUAGCAUUUGGGUUGCCAUAUUAGUAAUUGUGAGACCGAAAUAAUGGCAUCACCUCCACCUCCAAAUGCCUAUGAAAUUCAUGAAGCAUGCCAACAAGGAAAGAUAAAGAAAGUCAAAGAAAUGGUUAAAGACCAAAACACAUCGUCACUGGUCAAUGUAGGGGCGGGUGUAUUUGGAUACACACCUUUACAUGAAGCCACAAGUAGUAGAAACAGCCAACUUGUUGAACUGCUGAUAAAUAAAGGAGCUGAUGUAAAUGGGAAGUCGAAUGGAAACUACACACCAUUGCAUAUUGCAGCAUCAAUUGGAGAUAUUAAAUGUAUUGAGGUUUUGUUGAAAUACAAUGCCAGUGUGACAUUGUUAGAUGAAUUUGGUAAAACGCCUCAUAGAACUGCCGUUCUGAAUUGGAAAAAAAAAGCUGCUAGAGUUUUGAAGACAGCAGAGGUAAAAGAUGCUGUCCAAAAGAACAAUCGUCAACUAGGAAAAAUGAUACAAUCUCUUCAGUGUGGCCGCGAUGUUACAGAUACUUGUUUUAACGAAUGCUUAGAAAUUGCUGUUGAACACAAUAACCAUUUUGCAGCAGGAUUUAUCAUACUUCGCUCGCCUGACAAUAUUACAGAAUGUCUAAAGAAAGCAAUGCAAAAUAGGAAAAACCCAGAAGUCUCCGCCAUGUUGUUGCUUUGUGUUGCAGCUCAAUGCGGUGAUAUAGACCUUCUUGAUGUACUCUGCAGACCUGAUUAUGUUCAUCAAAUGGAAGGAACGUAUGAUAGGUCUAUACAAAGUGAUUGUUUGCCUCAAAAAGUGCUUUAUUCUGAAGUCCUUGAGGAAUUAAGGGAGGCAGUCAAGAAAAUUGAUCACGCAUUUCCUGUAAGUCUAGCAUGCAACAAAGAGCGCUUUCCUGCAGCAAGAUGUCUGCUUUUCAAUAUAUAUUGUUGUGAACCGAAAUUAGAAGCAGACUGGCAUGGUCUUGCAAUCCCGUUACUAAAACCUGAAUGGAUUGAAGAUCUGAAGACUUACAAAAAGCUCUUUUUCAGCUGGAACAGUUUAACUGUGCUACCAAACAACAUGGCGUGCUUAAAAAAUUUGUUGCGGCUUGACCUGCAGCAUAACAGUCUUCAAGCAAUACCCGGAUGUUUGCUACAGUUGCCUAUGCUCAGGAAUUUAAAUAUCUCCCAUAACAUGAUACAAAGUUUGCCAGUCGUUGAUCGAUGGACUUCAUCUUUAAAUAUAUUAGACAUCCAAGGCAACUUUUUGUAUACAUUCCCCGAAUGUGUGGAUGGUGCAACAAUACAGUAUUUGAAUCUAGCCGAUAAUCGUCUUGUGAAAAUACCAAAUGGACUGUGCAAACUCAAAUCUUUGACUUCGUUAGAUAUUGGUGGAAAUAAAGAGAUUCGCGAUUUGCCAAUGCAAUUGGGGAAGUUGUCGAAACUCAUGGAUUUAAGUCUGAAAGGACUGCAGAUCACCGAUCCGCCAUUACAUCUUCAAAAAAACACAAGGACACUCAUGCAAUUUUUGAAAGCACAGCUACGCUCAGCGGAGCCAUACUACACAAUGAAAUUAAUUUUGAUUGGUCGAGCGAAUCACGGCAAGACAACAUUGGUUCAUCGUUUGAAAGGCGAUGAUGCUUUUAACAACAACUUGUCAACUCAAGGCAUAGACAUACAUAAGAUUGAGAUUCGGAAGAAGAUUUUCAACCCGCCUCCUGCUUUCAUUUUUCGUGUUUGGGAUUUCGCUGGUCAAGAGGAUUACUAUGCCACGCACCAGUGUUUUCUAUCUGCACGCUCACUCUACUUACUGAUAUGGGACUUGACUGAUGGAGAACGAGGAGUCUGGGCAUUAAAACCUUGGCUCGAUAACCUAGUGAUGCGAGUGCCAGGCUGCACUGUGAUUAUCGUGGGCACCAAACUGGAUAUGGUGCGCGAAGACAACUUACAGACCUACCAACAAUGGAUUGCGGGUAAAAUCGAGGAGCUAAAGGCGUCUGAAUCUAGAUAUUCGAAAAUCAACAUCAACAUUGUAGCAAGCUUGGCUGUUUCGUGCGAUACGAAGUUCAAAGACUACAAAAAUAUCAUGGAGAACCUGCGCAUGCUCAUUUACGACGUGGCCGAUCAAAUGACGCAUGGUAAGCAAGGCAUAAAAGUAAUGGGCGAGCAAAUACCGCUUAGUUACAAGUAUUUGGAGAGACUACUUGACGAGCAGCAAAAAACCAAGCUGCGAAAUAAGGAGAUACCGAUCUUGAAUCGUGAAGAGUUUCUGAAGAUAGCUACAAAUGUGAAAUGUCCUCGAGAUAUAUUGGAAGAGGAGGACAUUGAGGUGGCGACAAAGUUUUUGCAUAAUAUUGGGACUAUUCUCCAUUACAACGACCCCAACCAGGAUUUAAAAGACCUUUAUUUUAUCAGUCCGUCAUGGUUGUGUCAACUCAUGGCAAAAAUUAUCACUGUGAAAGCCGCUCACAAUUUCUUCAAGAACGGUAUCCUAGAAACGAAGUGUAUCAAACUUAUUAUCGGCGACAUGGAAGAAUUCCCGCCAAAAUUUUAUGAGAAAUAUAUGAGACUGCUGUAUCGUUUUCAAAUAGCUUGCGAAGUAGACCACCAUCGAAUUUUGGUUCCCUCUAAACUCCCCGAUAAAAAGCCGGACGUGGAUGAAAACGUCGAUUCUCGUGAUUUGCUAACACGGUACCAUUUAUUCACGUGUAUUCCGUAUGGGUUUUGGUCGCGUUUUAUGAGCCGAGUACUCCUAUUGAUGAGCGAAAUGCUGUCAACAAGUUAUAGCUCUUAUUCGCACACUUCAUCAGAGAUGAAAAGUCCUGCGCCCAACUUUGGUAAUGAUAACCCGGAGGUGAAAGAUGAGGAAGAACAAGCAGAAGAAGAAGUUGACGAUAUCGGAUCAUUGUCUUCAGUUACCGUAAGUUGUAUGGAUGACGAUGUGGAAGAACCUAAAACUCCGACUAUAAACGCUAAUCAUGUCGCCGGUGUCGUGUAUGUCAACGCUAACGGACCCGGGGAUAAAUUUCUCUUCCGAAGUUCUUCCAUUCAAAUGUUUGCAAGCAACGAGUCGUCAAAUACAACGACCUCUUCCCCCGACGUCAAAUAUGGCGACAGCAACCACAACGACCGCACGUGGAGUCCACAAUCGCUGGAAUAUAAUAGCGAUCAAGAAAAUUUCAAUAGUAUGGAACAAAACAGCGCUCCAACGACGGACGAGUUGGGUGGUAACUUCAAUUCUGACGUAGCGUCGCCGUCAGAAAAUGUCGAUAGCGUGAAUAACUCUUUCCCUGAUGUGUUGGAUAACGGUGACGUCAGAAGUUGUGAAAAUAAACAAGACGAGUCGGAUGAAACAAAUAGAAACAGUGAAAAGCCAAGUAAAGAAGAACCCACUGAUGAAAUAGUGGAGAGGAAACUAAAAGAAGAACAUGAGGCCAAUAAAUUAAAUCAACUAAUCUAUAACCACGUUAACAACGAAACAAUAAGCGAGUCAGACGAUUCAAGCGAUUCGUUUGAGUGCCGACACGGCUCAGUGGAUUCACAUAAGUCGAAUCUACCACACCGCGUACUUGAAUCAUUCAUGGCUGAAGAAUUUGCUGCGAAGGAGUCCAUACCUUCGCUCUCAUCAAAUAGAGAAGACGAAGACGAAGAGGCGUUUAAGGACUGUGUAGACCUCGCUUAUUUGUUAGACAGGAAAUACCUUCAGUGUUGGAAAAACGGCAUUGUUUUUAAUCAUCCUGAUUUGUAUUUUUCAGUCCAACAAAUUCCAUCUAUCAAAGCAAAAAGAGAAACAAUCGAGACAAAGGUUUCUGACAAACCUCUUGGAUAUCGAGUCCUUGGUGUCAUUGUGGACCACAUCCGGACCCUUGUGAAGGAAUGGUAUCCGGGAUUGGCUGGUAACGAUGGGCAAAACCCCUUCGUAAUGCAAUGCAUCGCAUGUCCAGUGUGUGUCAAGAUGGGCAUUAAGCCACCUCACCUUUUCGAUAUUCAAACAGCUUUUUAUCGCGUUUACAAUUCAUCCGGGAGCGAUUAUUGUAUUCCGUGCGUCCGGUCGCACUGUCCACAAGUCGUUAAUGUCGAAGAUAUUUGUCCGGAACUCGUGUUUAGUGACUUACCAAGAAACUUACAAAUUAACCGGAGUGAGUUGUCUUAUAUUAAAGAGGAGGAUUAUUUACUGGGUGUCGGUGCGUACGGAAAAGUUUACCGUGGUGCUUACAAAGAUAUUCCGGCAGCAGUAAAAUUGUACAAAUUCGAUGAGGCCAACUUAUCUACUGCACUCGACGGAUUUCAUGAUGUGAGGCAGGAAAUAUUUAUGUUGAGCAAACUGCGAAACCAUCCGUAUAUUGUUAAAUUUCUCGGAUUCACUAUGCAGCCUCAUCUGUGUGCUGUUAUGGAGUUAGCCGAUCAUGGAACCUUAAAAGACGCGUUGUACGAGGGCAAAGUUCAAAUCCCCCGAAUCUUGCUCUUUCGGAUUGCUCAACAACUAGCGAGUGGGUUGGAUUUUUUACACUCCAGAAACAUUGUUCAUCGCGAUAUCAAAUCGGAUAAUGUUUUAUUGUUCUCACUUGAGCAUGAUGCACACGUCAAUGUGAAGUUGACUGAUUUUGGAACUGCGAAUUUCAUCAGUCCGUGCGGCAUGAAACACGUGAUUGGAACAGUUGGAUUUAUGGCGCCAGAAAUGUUCGAUUACAAUAGCUCAUCAGACGAGUACACGUGCAAAGUGGAUGUUUAUUCCUUGGCUAUGGUGUUCUACGAAAUGAUUACGUCACGGCGGCCGUUCCAUGACUUGCUCAAUGCCUACGACAUCACGGACGCGCUAAAGAACGGCUCGCGGCCGAUUUACUGCGAUAUUCUGCGCUCCUUUUUUGGCUUGAUCUCCUUGACAGAGCUUAUGAUCAAGAUGUGGAAUCAGGAAUGCAUGAGACGCGCCUCUGCUGGUCAGGUCUUGAAUCAACUUCGAAACACAGCCUUUCAGCUAUUGUAUGGUAAGCGAGCAUUGGAAGACCCGCAGAACCCACGCUACAUGUGUUAUGUGCCCAACACGAAAGAAUUAUGGAUUGUGUGUGAUGACAGAAAAGGCGCCUUUGUGUCAGUGAUUGACAUGGCAACUUCAAAAGUAAAAGACGUUCUUACGAUCGAUGGAAAUAAGUACGGUCUGCCAGUGUUUAACCUGGUUCACAUAUGCUUGAUUGAUGAUGCUCAGGUGGUAAUUGUGCUGCGUGGUAGUCACGAUGUACUUCUCACUUUUUCUACGGAAAAACAACGAAAGAUUUUGAAUUACCACGCAUACCUAGAAGAACACGUGACCACAAUUAUCGCCAAUGACAAUCAUGUUUUUAUCGGUUUCCAACAUGGGCGAUUUGUGCGAAUACUUAAAAAGCAUUUUCUGAAAGGGAAGAUGAAGAAAGAUCCAUUUGAAGUAACUAUCAACGAUCAUCGUCCAAUCCCUGCCAUGGUUGUCAGCGAAAGCAAACUUAUCGUUGCUAACGACAAAUACUUAUAUUUAUACACGAGUGACGUAUCGUCGGACCGUUACUUACAACUAGAGCGAACUCACCAACAUCAACCCGUGAGAGAAAUUAUACUUUCUGAAGACAAACAAGCACUCUUUGUUUCGUUUCAAUGCAGCGCCGAAAUUUAUUUUUACGAUGUUGAAAACAUGCGAUGUCACGAGAUGUCAUGUGAAGACGUCGUAAAGCAGCUAUUACCCGACGCCGACAGCAACGACACAAGAGUGACGUGUAUGUGUCAGGUUUUAGACGUAUUAUGGGUUGGAACAGGCAGUGGACACAUCUUAGUGUACCAUUUUGAUGUAACCUCGUAUCAUCUCACAUACAUAACCUGCUUUCAGCCAUAUAGAAUCGAAGUGCGCAAGCUCUGUGCUAUUCAUCUCGAGCAACCAAACGACGACGGCGUUCAAGAUUUUGUUUUAACUUCGGGAAAGAUUUUAAACGAGCAUGUGUUUGGUGAGAACUCGUUGUGUCAACUUCAUGGAGACUUCCCGCUUGAUCAAGCAUUUAUUGAUCGAGGCAUGGGUAAAGGUCGCGUUUCGCCAAGCGGUAUAACAAUGAGCGACACACACGAUCGGGAGGGAAAGGUCAUCCUUAUAUGGCAGGCCUUAAACUCACGCAUCAUGAAAAAUUUACAAAUAUAAAAACUAUUAUGUUUUAGUGAAGGAAUCAAAAAUAGACGCGGCUUGCGAGAGAAACGUUGUUACAGGUACAUCCAGUCCGGCUUCAUUACCAAUUUUGACUGCGAAUUUUGUUUUGUUUUCCUGGUGGAAAAUUUUAAGCUGAAUUUUUACUCAAAAAAAAAACAAUCCGGAUCGGAAACCAACCAAGUUUAAGAAUAAUAAUUCAUAAACUUGAUUGGCUAUUCUUCUAAUUAUUCCUUUGUUUUCUUAAUUUCUCCGUUCCAGUCCGUAAGAAAAGUAAGAAUGGAUCGGAACAGAACUUGACGGCAAAUUUUAUUAAUUAAAACAAAUUCGAGAAAUCACAAUUUUCCGACCUUAUCCUAUACAGUUCAUUCUUGAGUGGAAAUCACCAUCUGGUGUCAAUCAAAUUUCUGUUAGCUUGCCAAAAGUGACAGAUUUAAUACAGAGAGCUAAAUUCACAAGCUUUUUCUAAAAUGCUUUUUUAAAACAAGGCGAAACCACUACAUUAAAGCAACUUAUACUGCGCGCUGUUGUUGAAGGGAAGUAUCUCGUUUUUAUGACCGCGCUUUUUGUAUUCUGUAUAUAACCUUUUGUUGAUUUCAAUUUUAUCGACCCUUGGUUUUAGCUAAGCGAUGUUAGACUCGUCACAACAAAAAUGAUAUAGUUAUAAUGGAUAGUUCGUUUAACUAAAAGUAAAAAAGUGAUGACGUCACCAUUGUUAUUGUCAAAAACCCAGUGACAAGAUUACGGUCAACGAUUAUACUUAGGGUCGAUGAGAAAAAACAACGAUGUAAUUAUAGCGUAAUUCUGUUCUGUUUGUUUUUCCAGAUGUGCAUUUUAUAGUAAAUUUUAUAGUAAAUUUUUUUAGUGGAUUUUAUAAUGUUUAUAUUGUAAUUUUUGUUAUUUUUUUUCCAUCACUUUUAUCACAAGGUUAUUGCUUUAGGAACAUAAUGCAGUGUUUGUGUAAGAAAAUAAUAGUAAUAUUAAAAACAAAUGGAAUAUCCCCUUAAAAAAUACAUUGUGUGUCCGAGGCUUAA